AUGCCAGUAGAACCCAAAAAACGAAUGUGUAGGGCCAACGUUGCCCGCAACUCGACCACGUUGGUGACGUCCAAACGCAUCGCGGCAAAAAAGCGACAGCCGUACCCCCUCCCCUCCCUGCCUCUCCCGCCUGCACUCGAAACCGCCGUCAGUGUAACGGUCCUCCCCCUACCGACAGUAGGAAACGGACGUGGACUCACCUGGACCGUGGACGACCGCCCGGCGGAGCAACUCCAAAAAGGAAAGCGCAUCACGAUGCGCACGGACACCCAGACGUCCGGAAUCGGCCGCCUAUCCGCGAUCUCAGAUCUGCGUAGACACUGGGUCACGUUCACGGUGGCUGGAGCUACACAGCCUUUCAACCUUCGCGUCCCAAUCCCGUGGGCAUCAUUGGAGGACCUAGAAAGCUAUACGCAUCAACAUCACUACUUUGACCUUCCCAACCUCCCUCCCCCACACCGUUUCUAUGCGGAUCGCCCAGCCUUUCUAGACGACAAGGAGAAUCCGUACGAAUUCGACAUUAACGAGGACGAUAUCCCCUCCCUCACCAAUCGUCUCGACAGCAUUACGAACGUGUAG